GUAAGUCUCGUGAUACAUUGGUAAUACGUGCGUGUGACGCAAUUUGGUGGUAGGGAGGGGACCCAAGCAACAGCAGUGGUAGGAAAGAGGAGGAAGCAGGGAUGGCAGAGUCACACCUCUGAAGCAUUCAAAAAGCCCAAAGGAUGAGAACAUCGAUGACCUUUCUAGUCUGAACUGGCUUCAAACCGAACUGAGGGGAAUCGUCUACAGUUCAAACAACUAGGUGGCCCAUGGCUGCCACCACCACUCCUGUCAAGUCACAGCUUCAAAGGAUUUACUCCCCUAUGGCGUUCUGAGAAACGAAACCGCUUGGAUCACAGGGAUUUAUUUGUGAAGUAAAUGUAUAGGCCUACACAGGUAUGUAUCAGCUGGUGUGUUUAUAAAGGUGGUCUCCUGCUCUUAUCCCUCUCCACGCCUACUUGUCUGUUGACUGCUUUUUUGAGGGAAAACUCCAAACAAACCAAGGAGAGUGACAGUUGGGGUGUUGCGGUCCCAUGAGAGACUCCGCAGGGGGACCGACAAUCACGUCGACGCCAUGAGUAGUACUUUAGGUAACAAAGACUGGAAAGAGAAGGACCUGAAAGGAGCUCCGACAGGAGGGAAAGAAAAGGAAAAGGAGGCCAAGGCGGCCCUGGCUGGCUUAGGCGGCAAAGACUGCGGCAAGGAUCCCAAGGCCAAAGGGAAAGAUGCCAAAGAAGGAAAGAAGGAUGCAGGUUCCGCGUCGCCCGCCGUUGCCUUCUCCGUGGACAACACGAUAAAGAGGCCCAACCCGGCGCCGGGGACACGCAAGAAGUCCAGCAACGCCGAGGUGAUCAAAGAGCUCCACAAGUGCCGUGAGGAGAACUCCAUGCGUCUGGACCUGUCCAAGCGUUCCAUCCACAUGUUACCCACCUCCAUCAAGGAACUCACCCAGCUGGCAGAGCUCUACCUGUACAGCAACAAGCUCCAGAGCCUCCCCUCAGAAGUGGGCUGCCUGUCUGGCCUGGUCACCUUAGCCCUGAGUGAGAACUCUCUAACCAGCCUACCAGAGUCCUUGGACUCCCUGAAGAAGUUGAGGAUGCUGGACCUGAGGCAUAACAAACUGAGGGAGAUACCGGCAGUGGUUUACCGGGUGACGUCGCUGACCACACUGUACCUGAGGUUCAACCGGAUCACGGCGGUGGAGAGGGACAUCCGGAACCUGGCGAAGUUGACCAUGCUCAGCAUCCGUGAGAACAAGAUCAAACAGCUGCCUGCCGAGAUAGGGGAGCUCUGUAACCUCAUCACCCUGGACGUAGCCCAUAACCAGCUAGAACACCUACCCAAGGAGAUCGGCAACUGCACCCAGAUCACCAACCUGGACCUACAGCACAACGAGCUACUGGACCUACCAGAAACUAUAGGUAACUUGUCAAGCAUAAACCGCUUGGGUCUGCGGUACAACCGGUUGUCAGCCAUCCCCAGGUCGCUAGCCAAGUGCAGAGAACUGGAAGAGCUCAACCUAGAAAACAACAACAUCUCCGUGUUACCAGAAGGUCUCCUGUCUAGUCUGGUGAAUCUGACCAGUCUAACCCUAGCGAGGAACUGUUUCCAGUCCUACCCGGUGGGAGGACCCUCCCAGUUCUCCACCAUCUACUCUCUAAAUAUGGAGCACAACCGCAUCAACAAGAUCCCCUUUGGAAUCUUCUCCAGGGCCAAAGUCCUCAGCAAACUCAACAUGAAGGACAACCAGUUGACGUCUCUGCCUCUAGACUUUGGCACGUGGACCAGUAUGGUGGAGCUCAACCUGGCCACCAAUCAGCUGACAAAGAUCCCCGAGGACAUCUGCGGUCUCAUUUCGCUGGAGGUCUUGAUAUUGUCCAACAAUCUUCUCAAGAAGUUGCCACAUGGUAUUGGCAACCUGAGGAAACUACGGGAGCUCGACUUGGAGGAGAACAAGUUGGAAUCGCUCCCGAAUGAAAUCGCUUACCUGAAAGAUUUACAGAAACUAGUGUUGACCAAUAAUCAGCUGACCACGUUGCCCCGUGGGAUCGGUCACCUCACCAACCUGACCCACCUGGGUCUGGGAGAGAACCUGCUGCAGCACCUGCCGGAGGAGAUCGGUACACUGGAGAACUUGGAGGAGCUGUACCUCAAUGACAACCCCAACCUGCACAGCCUCCCGUUUGAGCUGGCCCUGUGCAGCAAGCUGUCCAUUAUGAGCAUCGAGAACUGUCCCCUCAGCCACCUGCCCCCGCAGAUUGUCGCCGGGGGCCCCUCCUUCAUUAUCCAGUUCCUCAAGAUGCAGGGGCCCUACCGUGCCAUGGUCUGAUGGGGCCCGGAGGCCAAGAUUGUCGUCUGAGGGCCCAGAGAGAGGCUAUGGUCUGAGAGCUGAUUUGAUGGCUGAUAUACCAGGCCCACGCAAGGCCCAUGAUCUGACAACGGACCACGCCCAUAAUUGGAUAGACCACGCCCAUAUUCUGAAGGCCGACGCCCACCCAUUCAGACACCCCACCCAAUCCCAUACCUAUCCAACUACGUGUGUCAUACACUGUAAAAAAAAAUAUAUAUAUACAUCAUAAAAACAAACUAAAUGUACAAAAAGAGAGGAGGAAAACAUUUUUCGGUUCAUACAUUAUCUAUCUAUAUGCGGAAAAAAAACUAAACAAGUACAUUUAUAUUGAGACUGUGCUCCAGCGUUUCUGUUGAGGAAUCAUAGCCAUUUAGAAGGCCAACUUCUCCAAUAUUUUAUUCCCAAAUCAUGUAAGACAAAACUUAAAGGGUCAUUACACAUUAAAACAUUUUUUUUUUUUUACAUUCAUUAACUCCAGCACCAUACGAUACAUAAUCUGUUUUCAUACAUAUGAAGACACUGGUAUAGGGCUGGAGGUAAUGAAUAGGAUAUUAAAAAGUGGUGGAAUUGCCCUUUAAUAUCUCUACCACCUUUUGCCAAAACGGAUCGUGUAUAUUGAGUAACAGUGGCUAUGAUUCUUUUAACAUAGAACCCAGAUUCCCAAUGCCAACAUAUUUACAGUAAUUAGGUAUGUAUAUUAGGAGAGCUUAGGAUACAACUAUUGUAUGCAAAAAUAAUAUUUGAAACUUCAAUUUUUAUUGCUGCUGCCAUUAUCAAUGUUCAUUUUGUCAUGUCUUUUUCUUUUUGAUUUGUAUAUUUUUUUUUUUACCACUUGACUAAAGAUUUGUUAUCGUGAGGUUUGAGGUUAAAGAACAAAGGUCUAAUGUUUUUAAUUUCACAUUAAUACGUAAAAAAACAGUGCCUAUAUGUCCAGGAAGGUCCACUGGUUUUUCUGACGCUCUAACACAAUUCUCCAUGAAUAUUAUACAAAGGUAUCAUUUAGUUAAACAAAUUUUCUUUCUAGAAUUAUGGUUUGUUAAAAAAAAAAAGGUUUUACAUUUAUUUUUUAUAUUAGUUCUAUUAUUGUUGGAUGACAAUGAUUCUAUAAAAGAAACCGAUAAAUUAUACAUUUGAAUCAAUGGCUUUGAGAUUUUAAAUUUAAAAAAUAAGCAGUAAUCUUUAAACAGUAAACUAGUAAUAUAUAUAGAAUAAAUGCGAAAUCUUUAACGCUUUAAAAAAUGGACUUUAGCAAGUUUGACUCAAACCUUUCCAAAAUAGGCAGUAAUGUUGCCCUCAUGUUUAAGAUAUUAGAUUUGUUUUUGCUUUGAGAAAAAGUUAAACUGUAAAGAGACAGGUGAUUAGAUAAGUGAUCUGUAGUGAUUUUUAUAUAUUCUAUAAAUACUGAUUGUUGCCUUGAGUGCAAUUUGAGUCAUUGUAAUGUUUACUUUUUUUGCUAUGUUGGGGCUGUCAUACAACGUGGAAACGAUUGACCAACAACAACAUAUCAGGAAUGUUGAAGGAAAGGUGUCAAUAUAACUAAUGACUAACGUUGCCAUGGUUACGGUCAUUAAGGUAUGCCAAAAACAUGAAUCAAAACCCAUAAUUGACAUUUUACAUCCAGUUUCUUUGACUGCUUUUUUAAUACGCCUCUUCACGAGAUCUGGAAGUUUCUGUUACUUGGCCUCCUUCUUUUUUUUUUGUCCCACACUGUCCCAGCAAUGAUGCUGUUCUUAUGCACUUUCUAAAUGACAUUGGCAUCAUCCUCUUUUAACAAUGACAAUAUCCUUAUCUCCAUGGUUACGUUGAACUGGGGCAUUUUUGUUUCACAGUGAAGAAGUAUUUUAUCUCUGAACAGUUUAUCAUGUACAUUUUAUAAUGGUGUCAAAUGAAUAUUAAGGAUGAGAUGACAAGCUCAAAAUAAAUCUAAACUAGUAAGUAUGUGGAGCGUCGAAUUCAGACGUUUUGGCUUUCGUCCUAUCAAUCUUGAUGGAAAAUAUUAGCUUGAACUGUGUAUGUCCAAUAAGGGUCUUAUUGAUAUGUUUAAAGAUGUAUUAAAGUACCCCAUAUCUUGCUCAUAUGUACUACGAGCAAAAUGUUUUAUGUCAAAUUAUUGCAAUUCAUUGAGAUCCACAUUGUAAAAUUUAAAUCAUUUUCUGUUACUAUAAUUUUUUUGACACUGUAUUGGGUUAGUAUUAUAUCACGUGACUGUACAUUAAAAUCCCAACUAAGGUAGAUCAAACCAAAAGCUUUUUUUGGUUUAGGAAAUGAACGUGUUGCGUCCAAGCUUUGUACUCAAUCAUCUUUUAGUAUUUAUUUUCAAUCAAGUGUGGGUCUAGUUUUUUGGCAGCAGCUUACGAUUACAGUUUCGAUGUGGGUUGUGGACUGCUAAGAAAAAAACGAGGCCUGGGCAGAGCACACACCCAGACAAAAUGUAUUGCUGCUUCUAAUCCUACCAGCAGAACCUGUUGCUGCUUGAAAAAUAUGCUGUAAACGAUUGAUGGGGCAGGAAAAGUGAGAUCUAUCCUAAACAAAAUCAACAUCGAUACACAAGACUUGUACAGUAGCCUGGCUGGGAAGAUUGACCUCUGCCCUUGACCUCUGAGUUUGGGGUCACAUGAGGUCUGGUGGUUUUCAAACAGAUCAAAUUGUUUGGACUGACGUACAACGAGGAAAAACCAAGGUGCAUAUUUGAGCCUAUAACGACGCAGUUACAACACAAUACUUUUUUGAAAAGACAAAAUUUAAAAAGGGCUUUCUUCUCGUUCACGCUCAAAGAAUACCACCAGAGGCAUUGCAUUCCUGGUUUUAUAUUUUAAAAAAGCUUCGGAAGAAAUGAAAAAUAAAAAAAUCUGUAAAUUGUUUUGGGGGAUUGGUUGUGUAUUUACGUUUUAGCUAUAAACAAAAUGGAAUCAUUAUGUGAAAAUGCCUUCAGUGUAAGUACUUAAGUGAGAUGUGCAUUAGGGUAUGCAGCGAGAGAAACGCUGUUAUCCCGUAUAGUGUUGAGUCUGUUUUUGUUCAUAUUUGUAUCUAUGUGCCAUUUGCAAGGUGAGGGGUGGAUGACUGACAUGUGUAGAGAACCUGAGACAUAAUCGUCAUUAUUCAGAAAAGCAUUUAUCAAAACAAGGAAUGUAAGUUAAAACAUGCUUUUUGGAAAAGAAAUGUGUGACUUAGUCUAGGUUUGGGGGUGGUCAUAUUUUGGAUUCUUGUAUCUGAGGUUGAUGAAGAGGUAUUGUUCUGAUGCAUCCUAAUGAUUUGGAGACGACUAGGUGGUGUUUAUUUUUCAAUCGUCUGAUUUUGGGUCAUAGUGUGUAAUAAUCAUGGCCUUUUUUUAUUUUUUAUUGUUGCAAAAUGUAUUUUGUGUCUCAAUCCUUUUUCUUGCCUGGCUAUGUUGUGUAGGAAACCAAGCAUGUUGAAAAAUAAUUUAACAUGUUUUUUUUGUCUGGGUCGGAACUACGUUGGGGUGGCGAUUCGUUGUAUAUAGAAGACCAGAUAAUGUUGCUACUAUUUGGUUAUCUGCUAAAAUGUUUCCUGUAGAUUUUAUGUACAUUUCACAGUAUUUGAAACAUUGUGCAGCCAGCAAUGCUUUACCUACCUAUUCUUUAUCAAGCAGCCUUAACUGUUAAAAACCUUUUUGUUAUUAACCCUUCUUUGUGUCUGUGGCUGUAGUAGGUAACUUUCAUUUUCUGUUCUUUCUUCCUUUCUAGCUCUGUGCAUGCAUAUUUUAACCUGGCCUGAUGAUUGACAGUUCACAUAAGAACUCUCCAAACUGAAUUCUGUGUUCAGUUUCAUUAUUCUGGAACACUAGUGAGCAAUAGUGAAACGACACAAUUCAGUUCGGAUUCCAUGCUAGCUACAGGCCACCCCAAACAAUCCCUAUACCAGUGGUCUCCAACCCUGUUCCUGGAGUGCUACUGUCCUGUAGGUUUUUGCUCUAACCCUAAACUAACACACCUGAUUCUAAUAAUUAGCUGGUUGAUAAACUGAAUCAGUUUAGUUCCAACUGGGGUUGGAGCAAAAACCAACAUUCAUUUGACUGCCUUAAGUCGUGCACCAAGCAUCACCUCUCCCUCAACUUUCACCCAGUCAGACCUUCAAUUACUUGGCUAUUUUUAAUCAUGUAAGACAGAAAAUCAGUUUGAUAUAAAUAGGGGAAAAUGCUUUUCCCAACCUUUGAGACCAGUCACCUGACCAGUAAAAACUAAGGCUAAGAGUUAUAGCCAAUAAUAACUAUAUGGCCCAGGACCCCCCCCCCCCCUUCUCAGGUCACAGCAGGAUUAUGAAUAACUCCUGGGUCUAUACAUAACAAGUGAGUUGACUGUUUAAUGGUCAGAAAUUAGAUUGAGCGACUAUGUUCCAGAACUAGAACCCCAAGUUAUUUUUUAAAGGUUCUCUUUUCUGUCUAUACCAAUAUGAGUACGGUAUAUGCAGACGUGACUACCUGACUACGGUGGCCACCAUGGUCCAAGUUGAGUAUGUAAGAGAAUUGGAAAAAUGGUGACAUGACAAAUUUAUUUUACCUUAACAUCCUACUGUUUAGUACCAAGAGACAUGCCUUUACUGAGUAUUACUUGGCAAAUGAAAUUAGAAAAAGGAUUUGUUUGCUUGGUUGUAAAUGACACAAUUAAUCAAAGCCGACCCAUUGUAAAGAAAAUUAUUCAGACUCCUAAGUUUGCAAAAUGGGUGAAAAACUGCAAUGUUUGGUGACGUUCUGCAUGUAUAUACAUAAAUCUUUUUAAUUAAUAAACCUAUAAACAUUUACAAAUUGAAAAAAAAAGUGACUUGUAAUUUUUUAUUUUUUUUGCUUUCACCAAAAAGUACUGCAAAAUGAACAUGGUUGGUUGUUUGCCGGUCACAUUGAGAGAGCAGAACAGAGCUGCCUAUGUCCUCAAGUAAUUUCUAUUUUUGUCUGUUCUUUUUUUUCCUUCUUCUCUGUAACUGAAUUUGUAUUUCUUUUCAAAACACAUGAAGCAGCAUUUAAGCCAAGAGUCCUGCACAGUAUAUUACCUUUUAGCAAUGAUUUGCACAAGCACAGCAAGGGCACAAUUUCAAAAUCCCAAUCAUACAGAAGAGAGUGUUUACACAGGCAGCCCAAUUCUGAUCUUUUUUUCCACUAAUUGGUCAUUUGACCAAUCACAGAAUAUUUUUUCACAUCAGCUCUUUUUCAGAGCUAAUCUAAUUGGUCAAAAGACCAAUUAGUGAAAAAAGAUCAGAAUUGGGCUUCCUGUCUAAACGCAGCCCAAGUGUCUGUCUCAAAGUAAGAGUGCUGAUGUAGGAUCCGUUUCGCCUUUUAGAUCAUAUUGAAUAAGAUUAUAUGGACAGGUGGAGACCUGAUCCUAGAUCAGUACUCCUACUGUGAGAUGCUUUUUGAACACUGGCCCAGGGUCCCACCUGUCCAUGUAAUCUUAUUCAGUAUGAUCUAAAGGGCAAAACUGAUCCUAGAUCAGCAGCACACCUACUCUGGAACACUUGAUAUGUAGGGUGCCCAAACUUGUUGCCUGAAGCUAAAUGAAAAACGAAUCGCUUUGGAUUGUUGCUAUACCAUCUAGGCCCAGAAUGCUUUUGGGCUAUGUAGAUUCUAGAAGCUUUAACUACAUUAUCCGGCCCUAGCUACAUUGUCUGGCCCUUUUGCUAAAGGUACAAAUUUGUUCAGUAUAUAUCUUUGGUAGUGAAGUGCAUUCAAUAUCUCUCUCUGUCUAUUAUAGACAGCAGUAUCAGCUGGAGACCUUUGAACAGUAUAUAUUGUAUGUUAGUCAGCAGGGAUCCAUUUCAAUUCGGUUAAUUCCUGAUAUGUUUGCUGAAAUUACAUAGAGGAGCAUUGAGGGAAAUGUGAUUUUGUUGUACUUCUUGACUGAAUUUAAAAUGGAAUUGACUUUUAUCCUGUUAGUCAGUUAACCCCCCCCCAAAAAAAAAUCAGUUGAAAUGUUUCCCACCUUUCAAAAAGAGACAGUAUUGUGCCUUUUUUAUUAUGUUCAGGACUGGGCUGUUCUCUCUCAAAUGUCUCUUUUGUACCUAGAAAAAUGUGUCAUUUGUUGUCAUUCGAGUGUACAAACUUUAUCAUUUCAGAAUAUUCUGAUGUUUGUAUAUUACUCCUGUCAUGCCUGCACAAUGCUUUGGUUUUCAUUUUAUAUUUUGGAGGUUUUCCCACUAUUUGUCAAAUUGUGGAAUUUAAGCUCUGAAAAAAACUGAUAAAUGUACUUUUAAUCCAAUUAAUUGUAAUGUGCAGUUUGUUACUUCACCAAUAUAAAGAAAACGGUUACCCUG